UUUUCACAUUCUCAAAUUUGUCCCCUUAGGCCGGUGCUACUAUUCAACUCCAUACAUUGUCCUCUCUCUCUCUCUCUCUCUCAUUUAUAUCACACUUUCUGUUUUCAAUUUUUCAUUUACAGUCUCUUCUAAAGCCAACCACUGCUACUAUAAGUAUUUAGUGCCCUUUCACUCACAACAAGAAGUGUUCACUGAUAUAAAUGUCUUUGUCUGUGGAAGACAACUACUAUGGCAGAAGCAGCAGUGUGAGUGAGAUAGAGGAAGAGAAUUCUUCACACUUGCACUUAAAUGAUGAUGGUCCUAAUCCUAUGGUUACCAUUGGUGAAGAAGAGAACGAGGAUGAAGACACUGUUUAUGUGGCUGUUGGUAAGAGCCAGAGUAGCAUGGAAGCCUUGGCAUGGACCCUCAACAACUUGGCCACUCCUUCUACCAUGCUCUAUCUCAUACACAUUUUCCCUGAGAUCAAACUCCUUCCAAAUCCAUUGGGAGUGGGAAUGAUUCCAAAGGACCAAGUGAGUCCUGAGCAGGUAGAGAGCUACAUGGCUCAAGAAAGAGGCAAGAGGAGAGAGCUUCUAAACAAAUUCCUCCAAUUAUGCUCUGCUUCCAAGGUUAAGGUGGACACCAUCCUGAUUGAGAGUGACUUGAUUGCAAAGGCUAUCAUUGAUCUGAUUCCAAUUCUUCAAAUGAGAAAACUAGUGAUUGGAGCCAGCAAAUCCCAAAUAAGAAAAUUGAGAUCAAGGAAAGGGAGUGGCAUAGCUGAUCAGGUACUUCAGAAUGCUCCAGAAAGUUGCAAGGUGAGCUUUAUAUGUGAAGGAAAAGAAGUAAAUGAACAGAUAACUCGUGCCAUUGCUACUGAUCCUUCCAUGUCCCAGAAAAACAACAAGCAUCAGCAAAGUGCUUCAUGUGUUUGUUUCAACUUUUAAGCCAAAGCUUUUCAUGACCACUGUGUCACAGAAUUGCAGCAUAGGGAAUAAAUAGUUCCCUAAAUGAAUGUUGGUUUUAGAUUAAUUUUAGACUUUGAAAAAUCAACAACAAUGUUGAUGAAAAACGAAGUGUUUGAUGCAAGAAGAGAAUUUUCAUACAACAUGACAAGUUUUUAUGUAACUUGGUUGGGCUGCUAAUGUUUUUUAAGUUAAGGUAGUCCUUAUUGUAAACAAGAACUGCAGGCUAUAAAGUCUAUUAACUAUGAAAGAUGUGAAGUUAUUUCUUCAGAUUGUACGUCGUAUUGAAAUGGAGUAAAGUUUGGAACAAAA